AUGAUUUUCAUUUUGUUUUUUUUUUUUUUUUAUAACAAUAAUAAAAUCAAAGGUAUAAUAAGGUUAAUAGAAAGAUCAAUUAUUACAAUUAGCAAGUUAUUUAAAGAAAUUAUAAAGAGGAAAUUAAUUAGUUGUCAAAUUGAUGUAUUCAAUCCAGAGAAACUAUCAAUCAGUUUUGAUAAAUCAGAUCCAGAAGAAACCGAUAAUGAAGUAGAUGAAGAUGAAAAUGAAAUUGAAAAUCAAGAGUCUCGUUCAGAACGGACUAAAGAUAUUGAAUAUUAUCCUUCAGGUGCUACAUUAUCCCAAAAGCAAUUAAAAGAUAUAAAGUUUAUGAGGACCAAUGUUUUACUGCGUGAAUAUAAAAAGCAAGGUCUAAUAGUGUUUUCAUAA